AUGGCUGAAGAAGAUCCAAAGGGGCCCGGAAGCCCAAUCUCUCUUUCUUUUUCAGGGAGUGGGUUUCUUAUAAACUACCAGGUAGGAGUGGUGCAGGCUUUAUGGGAAUUGGCACCUGAAACAAUGAGAUCAGCAUCCAAGGUCUACGGAACAUCGUGUGGGUCAGUUGUAGCUGCAGCAGUGGCGUGCGAUGUUGACGUUGGUCUGAUAGAAGAAUUUUUUCAUGAAGCUGUGGAAGAAGCCAGGAAAGUGAGCAUUCUCACCCUUUGUCCAGGUCACCGUAUGAUUCGGAUCAUCGAGAAGGGGAUGAGUCAAAUGCUGCCGGAGAACUCACACCAGCUGGCUUCGGGGAAGCUUUGCAUUUCCCUCACGCGUGUGUCGGACUUACAGAACGUCAUCAUUUCAGAGUACAGAUCGAAGGCGGAGGUUGUACAGGCAGUGAUCUGUAGCUGCUUCCUUCCCGUCUAUUGUGGAUUCAACCCUCCCUCCUUCCAAGGCAUGCGCUACAUUGAUGGAGGUAUGACAAACAUGCAGCCUGGCUCGGACUCGGAAACCAUGAUCAAGGUAUCCCCUUACACAGGAGAGGUCGACAUCUGCCCGAGGGACUGCCCGGCCUAUUUCAACUGCAUUAGCGUCUUCCAAGGCACCUUCCUGCUCUCAGCUGAGAACCUAAGCAGGUUUAUUUACAGUAUUUUCCCACCCAGUCCUCCGAUGCUACGCGAGUUUUAUUUACAAGGAUAUCACGAUGCCAUUUUCUUCUUACAGAGGCACAGGGAGAACUGGACAGUAAAUGGAAUGGACAAGAAGAUACUGCAGCAGACACCUGUGCACUGUGACAAAGCAGUAGCUCUGCCUGCUCCAAAGAGCCAGGAGAUGCCUGGAUCCCUGGGCUCAGCUGCUGAGAUCACAGCAUCACAGCAUCUUGUGCCAUGCAAACUUCACAUGAACAUGUCACGUUCUCUCACAGACAGGUGA